UUGAUUAUGAAGGUUUUAUGGCUCGUCUUCGUGCACGUGAACAACAAGGUCGUUCAUUACGUGUUUUAAUUAAUCCUAUCGAUGCAUCUGUUGAAGCAUCAUAUUCAUAUGCUCAUUUGACUCAUGAUUAUCAAAAAUAUCUAGACCAAUUAUUUAGAAAAUUAGCAGAAACCAGAAACCGUCUUGAAGCAAAUCGUGAAUGGCCACAUAAAUCGAGACCAAUAACAAAUGAUGAAUUACAAUUUGCAUCAAAGUGCAUAGCGCCAUAUACUGUUGCACAAUUAUCAUUAACAAAUCCAUGGCCAACAAGAGAAAUGAGCGGAGUCGAAGUUCUGGUUGAAGACACAUUUGCAUAUGAUUUAGCAAAAUUUCUACCCAUACCAAAAGCAAGUAAUACGAGUGUACAUCAUACUCCAUCGAUCAUGAUACCUAUCAGUCUUCAUGUAUUAUGGAUAAUAGGUGAUAAAAAACUUGAAAAUAUUGAAAAUCUUAUAAAAGAUAUUCAAAAUUUACAAAAUACUUCUAAAUUAUCAACACAUCUCGAUGAUGAUCAUAAACUGACUGUUGUUCAAACAAUUGAAGAAGCUCAACAAUGGCUUAAAACUAAUAAAGAAUUAAUUCGAAAACCACACAUUAGACUUAAAGUUGUUACUUUAUGGACAAUACAAAAUGAUAAAACAGCAAUUGAUGUUAUUCGUGCUGUUCGUUCAGAAUUAUCACAAGUACCUGUUCUGAUCUUUACAAACAAACGUGAUGAAAUACCGGGAGCACUUGAAUUUCCAAAUGUUAUUGCAACAGAAAAAGAAUUUGAAGUAAAAGAAUUUGUUGGAGUUAAUCAAGAAACACUAUGGAAUGCAGGUUGUCGAGUAUCACAUAUAGAACCUAUAGUAUCACAAAAAGAUUAUGCACCACCAUUGCAGAAUGCAGUAACUACAGGAAGUGAAAAUAAGUUAGAAAACUCUUCAACAUUGCCAUAUCCAUCGACUGCAAAUGAGCAAGGUUUUCCACUUCUGCCUAUAAUCGAUGUUUUCCCAGUACGUUCAUAUCCACCAUCGCCAUCGAACUCCUCAAUUCCCAAGACACCAAACACUUCCUCAUUAAAACCAAUGUUACUUUGGAUUGAUAUACCUCAAAACGAUCCAAAAACAACUAAUGAAAUUAAAAAACGUCAUCCAACAUUAGAAAUCGUCUUUAAAUCAUCAUAUAAAGAUGCUGAAGAAUAUUUAAUUAAUAACUUACCUGAAAUACAAAAAAAUGAAUUAUUUAUUACUAUAUGUCGUGGUUAUUUUGUACUCGAACAAAAAGGUUUUACUCAUGUUGCUCAGCUUUUUGAAGGUCUUCGUCUUGGAACAAGACGUCUUGCAGUUUAUACUAGCAGUAAAAGUAAUUUAUUAAAGCACACACCAAAUCCUCCGAAGAGCGUUGAAAUUAUUGAUGAACAACUUGAUUUACUUGAUUUUAUAGAUGAUUGUUUAAAACCAAAAUCUUAA